CACCGAGCGAGAAUUCGAAAAUAUAUAUCAAAUUUUGACGUCACAAGACGCUAAGCGUCGGCAUCGUUCUCCAUAAUAUAAUAUUCGCUAUAUUUUUGCACAUUCCCUCGAUGCCAGAAUAUAAACGUCGUUUGGUCAACGUUUAGUUACAUUCAUUAAUUUGCCGGCCGAACAAAAACAUCACAUUCAGAAAAUUUUGUUUCCUCUUAAUUUCAACUUAAAAAUAGUGAAUAGCAUUUUCUAAGUGAGUUUGUGCAGUGACUAUUCUUUUCUUAAAUAUUUCGAGAUGUCUACUUGUGUCAACGAAAGGGUUUUUGUGGACUCUCCACUCAAGUCUAAAGUAGCUCUAUUCAACAAUUUCGCUGAUAGACACAUUCAAGGUCAAUCAAUAAAUCCUUUUUCAAAUGGAAGUCGAGUCGGUAGUCUACCUAGACCGUCCAUAUCCAAAGAAGAAUAUGGGAAACCACCAAAAGGUUCUCUUUCGGAAAUCAGAUCGCUCAAAGCAACCAUUCAUGUCAGCAGGGAAAUGUUACAGCUGUGUCAGGUUAUAGAUCAAUGCGGGGAACGUCUUUUCAGUGUUGAAGAAAAACCUAGCGAUCCUAGAAAAGUUAUCAGCUUCGGAGAUCUUUUUGCAAUAUAUACCGCUAUUUCUGAUAAAGUGGUUGGAAUUCUACUAAGGGCUCGAAAAUAUAAUCUGGUGGAUUUUGAAGGAGAAUGUUUGUUUCAAAGACAAGAUGAUCACGUGCCAAUAAUUCUCAUGAAACCAAUUGAAGAUAUAACAAAAUUUUUAGAGGAACGGAUUCAGAACGCGAUGAAAUCAUUGAAGGAAUGCGAAGAGAUUUAGGAAAUAAAUUAUUGAUUAAUUUCGCAAAUACUAACGUUAAACUAAGAAGAAUGGACCAUAUAUCACUAAUACUGUUAACAAUAUGACUAUAAAAGUAUUAUAAUUAAAAGAAAGAUGCAGUCGAGUAUUUCCAAACCGGUCUAAAGUACAUUUAUUUAUAUACAAAAUAUAUACAAAAAUAUAUAAAUCGAGGUUUUGAAAGCUUUUCAUUCGCUAUUAAGAAAAAUUAUAUAAAUCAUCUUCAAUUUAUGACUAACAUUUGACAUUUAAUUUCAAUGCAUUCAAUGCAAGUAUUAGGAAGAUAUGAAAUUGAAAGCAUCAUUUGUAGUAUAAGAAAAUGUAGUUGUUAAAAUCGUAACUGUUGUAAAUAUUUUUAUGUAAGUACUUUUCGUUUUUACUAUACUCAAAAGAUUCAGUAUUGUCACUUCCAUUUUAUAGUCGAUAAAAUAAUUUUACAAAUAAACUUUACAAACAAUAUAAAA